UAUAAUAACGUUACAAAAAAUUGAAUUCGAUUGAAUCAGACGAAAAUAGUCAAUCACCAUCUUGCAUCCAUCGCAAUGGAUGCAAAUAAGACUGGGGCGACAAUUUCAUAUCAUCACUUUCCUUCAAAAUCAUUGACGGACGGAGUAAGAGAAGAAAACCCAAUGAUAAAGAACUAGAAUUUUAUAAACAACGACAUUGAAGAUUUUGUUUUGUCGAGUCUCUGAUUAAUGAAGCUUAGCUUUAGGGCUUUGUCUUUAUAUAAAAACUCUGCUGGUUUAAGAGGGUAAACUGUGACCGGUUCAAUUCGAUUCAGUUUGGUUUACUUUACUUUAACCGGUAUUCCUAAUUUCUCUUGGUUUAGGACACGUAUCUUUUUUCACAAUCGUGCGUACAUCAUCAAAGAUGAAAGAACUAAAAUGGUGACCAAUGAACAAAAGGAAAAGCUGAAUUUCUUAUCAUUCCAAAAAAAAAAUCACCAUUCACAAGGAAUAAUUUUUUCUUCUUGUUCUCCAUUUAUUUUUUGUAGAAAAAUAUAGAACAAAACCAUUCUUUGUUAGAUUUGAUAAGGAACAAGCAUUUUUCUUCAUUCCUGUAAUUUUAUUCCUAUACGUUCAUUUCCUAUUCAUUUUUCGUGUUCCCAAAAAGGUCACCAGCCGGAGCCUAAGUAAAUAACAAUACUUAUGCCUCAUGUCUUCUCACCAUCUUAUAUGUUUUAAUCCACAAUUUGGUCUGAGAUACCUUUCCAUAUUCAACUAGGUUUGAGAUCUUGUACUUUGUAUAAAUAUACGACCUUGAGGUCUGAGAAAGAGAGGUUGAACAUUCAUCGAUUCAGUAUUUGUCAGUUCUUCCCCAUGGAAAAAGUAUAAAACAAAUCACUUAAUCAUUAUGUAGAACACAUAUCUUCUCUCGCUUACAAGUUUUGCUUCUUUGCAGUGCGUUUGAGUGACAGCAGAGAUGGUUUCUCAUUCACAGAUGAUGCAGCUGCUUUUCGUCCCCGACAAGUUUCACGAAACUGUUGAGGACAUUGAGUAUCAUCCCAUUGGAAACAUGCUCCCUGAGGAAGAGGAUCUUCUGACAGUAAUGAUGGACGAUCUUUUUUUUUUUUUUUUUUUGUAUGAAUGUUAAAUUAUAUACCAUUUUAAUUUUUGACAGAUUUUACAAUGAAAACAAGUAGCAGAAAAAAAAUAAAAGCAACUAAACAACGACAAAAACAAAAGCAAAACACAGCAAAAUGCAGGAAUGCAAAAACUGAUACCAAUCUCGAAUAACACAACAACGCACUUUGCAUAGGAUCGCAGUGAGCCAAGAGUAGGAGUCUCAUUGUUGUGGCUGCUAAGUUGCCGCGAGUCUACAGAGGAUUGGCCAGCCCUCAAAGCCCCUCCGGACCUACAGCUUCAUCACAUACACGCCUUUGAUAACCUGCAUAAUUAGCCCACACAACUUCCAAGUCUCACGAUGGCUCUACCGGAUACAUUCGGAGUGAACGGUUCGGCCCGGUUGAACCGGAAGUCCGGAUAAAGGUGAAGUUGUAUGCCUCUGCCCCACCGAUCUAGCCAAAACCUUUGCCGCACAGUUAGCUAAUCCGUGCUACCGCAUGAAACGCCCACUCAUCCGCCGAGUACCAUAGCAAAAACACGGAGAUGCUGCUCACACCAAACAUCGAUUGACAGUUGCGCUUCUACUUCAUCAGUCCAAGCCAAGCAUCCAAGCAUUCAAUGUUAUUAGUAGUGGCGGUGGAAGCUGUCCGCAACGGAGACGUUAGAGAGAUCGCCGUAACACCAAAGACCGAAAAGAAGUAGAACAGAACCACCGGCUCCAAACAGAGAUCAUGUCGCCGGUGCUGGGAUAUUCCAUUCCAUCAAGCUUGCACCGAAGGCUUCAUACUCUUGAAUACCUCCGAAACUUGCUCCGUCUUUGAGAACCAAAGGAUCGGACUUCCUUGAAGAUUUGGCUGAAGACGUGAGGAGGAUACGGCCGUUCUUCCACAACAAUCUUCACGGCAAAGUGAACAUCUCAAAACACCAGACCCGAAACACCAUCAAAGAGAGAUACCAUGGUCAUCUCUAGACAGGAUGGAGGCGGUGACUCUAUGGUGGAGCUCCGACGACAGCCACACACCACCAUCCGUACACACAGCCGCCCGUGGAUCUCUGGGAUGACAUCUAGUUGCGCUCUAUGACUAGAUCCAGGGGCAACUGGCUUUUCUGGUUACAAGAGCCUUCUCCAAAAGCAGAUCUGAGGGGAAAAUCGCCACCACAGCCACAGCCGACCCAUCCUCACGACCUCCGCCUCCAAGCCUCAUCCUUGCACCAGAUCUGUGGUUGGUUAAGAGAAGAUCCUUCCCAUAAUCACCGAGAAUCAGAUCCAGGGACAUCAAUAUAUCGACCCGAGUGGAGGAGCAAAGAGGGGCAAAAGAAAGAAAGAAAACUGAGAAGAAGGGCUCCGGCCCCGGCGCUGCUCGCCGUACGCCGGAAAACGUUGGUUGCGAAAGGUUGUCUUCAGGCGGCGGUCUAGUUUUUCUUUUUAAUAUAUUCUUACCAUUUUUCUAAUUUCAACGUUACCCAAAAAAAAAAAAAAAAAAAAAAAGAUCGUCCAUCUUGACCUUACCGAGUUACCAAAUUAUGCUGAUGAUUAUGAUCUUUUCGGAAUGGAACUUGACACUGGUCCUGAUGAUGCUGAGAAGCGACAGCUUCCUCUACCUCGAGGAGGAGUAUGAGAGCAGAUUUGAGUACCAGUCUCAGAUUUAUGAUGCAAGUAUGCAGGUUUACUUACUGAAUUCUACUUUCAUGGAUCUUAUGAUAACAUCUUUGUAGACUUGUAGAUACAAAAGUUAUAAAUUGCAGCUGUCCAAAAAAAUUACUACUCCAUUGUUUGAAAAGGAAACUGGAUAUGAAAAUAAAAACAAAAACAAAAAUCCUAAGAUGCAUUUGGAGACGGUUGGAUCAUUUGGAGACUAUUACAUUAACGUAACAACGCAAAGGUUUUGUAAUUUCUUCAAAUCAUUGAGAAUUGUUUAAGAAUAAGUACCAUGUCUCAAUUGGAUAAGAAGCAAAUAAUAAGGAGACAUUAAACUGCCAAAGAAUCUACCUUUUGUCUUCUGUAAGAACAUCUUUAUAAAGACUCUUCAAAAUUUGGACAAUACUUUUCUACAUGUACAAAGAACAAAGCCAAGAAUAUUGGGUUUUAUAAUAUUGCCUUGAACUUCAAGCUAUCAACUUUACAACUCUCUAAUAAACCAUUAUUUUAUUACCAGCAGCCUUAACAAGAAAAGAACAAUGCAUAGUUUAUAAAGUAGCUUCACAUAUCUUGUUCCAAACAUAAGAACAAACUUAAUUUUCCUCUGUUCUUCUUCUUUUUCUUUCUCUUCUCCUGUUUUUGUAAUUUAAAAAAAAAUGGGUGAAAUGGCGGGUGAGCAAAUGAAACCUGUUGCUUCUCUACUUCUGGUGCUGAACUUCUGCAUGUAUGUGAUUGUUUUAGGGAUUGGAGGAUGGGCCAUGAACCGUGCAAUCGACCACGGUUUCGAAAUUGGCCCUGAUCUCAAGCUGCCAGCACAUUUCUCCCCAAUUUAUUUUCCGAUGGGAAACGCAGCCACAGGUUUCUUUGUGACAUUCGCGUUGCUUGCGGGAGUAGUUGGUGCGGCUUCCACAAUCUCAGGCCUUAGCCACAUUCGUUCUUGGACCGUGGGAAGCUUACCUGCUGCAGCCGCAGCUGCAACUAUUGCCUGGACCCUCACAGUCCUUGCCAUGGGAUUCGCCUGGAAAGAAAUCGAGCUUCACGUGCGAAAUGCAAAACUGAGAACCAUGGAGGCGUUCUUGAUCAUACUCUCAGUCACACAGCUUCUUUACAUCGCUGCUGUUCACGGCGUGAGGAGACCUACCUAAGGAAUCAUGGGCUUUCGGGUUUCUUUCUACUUUUCAUGUCAAUCUAUGCUGAGUGUUUUUGCAUGUGUGUGAUGUUAUCUUCAUAGGAAGUUGAACAAAAAGCUUAAUUUAAAUUCAUGCAUUCUUUGUGUACAAAAGGUUCAGGUCUUGUUUUGUGUGUGCGUCACUUUGUGUUCAUAGGAUAAAAUCAAAAUUUGAGGUUUGAAACGGAUCAGGCUUCGACA